AUGUCUGACCUAAUUGAGCUCCAGAGAAAUUAUAUACUGUCGUUUAUCAAUGACAUCAAAACAGAGCACAACCUCAAAUUCCUAAUCAUCGAUGAUUGUGUUAACGCCCUUUUGGAUUCAUUAUUUGCAGACAAAAACGAACUUCUUCGAGCUGUCACAGCUAUCGACUUGAUAGACUCAAGCAAGAGGAAAGGGCAACCUUCAGUUGAGGCAAUUUACCUGCUUAAGCCCACCAAAUUUAACAUUAACUGUAUGGAUGCGGACUUUAGUAACAGGCCUCCAAAGUACAAACGGGCCCACAUCCGUUUUUUGCCGGGAUUUAGAGACUAUUUGAUCAAGCAUUUUCACGGCAAGCAAUACCUCCCACAGUAUAUAUGCACUUUAGCUGAGGUUCAGUGCGCAUUUACCCCGAGAGAAUCGCUGGUAUUUCAGACGUUAGGUGUUGACCAGCCUCUGCAAAUCUUUUACAAUAAAAAGUGCAUCGAUCUAAUAGAAAGAAACAUAGACAGAACAGUACAGUGCAUGCUGAACCUAUGCAUUGUUACAGGAGAAUACCCAAUUGUGAGGUAUUCUCAACCCUCUCCAGAGGCUUACAAGAUUUGCCCAGCCACAAUGUUGGCAAAAAAAUUAGCAUUCCAGUUUCAAGAGGCCCUCGAUGACUACGCUCGGAAGGACGAAACCUUUCCACCACCUUCUUCAAGACCCAGAGCGGUCUGUAUCAUAACAGAACGCUCUUUGGACCCGUUCUCUUUGAUACUCCAUGAAUUCUCGUAUCAAUCAAUGGCGUAUGACUUGGCUCCCGGCGUUGACACACGCACUGAUAUUUAUCAUUACUCUGCUGAAACCGAAACUGGGCAGAGAGAAGACAAGGUUUCCAAACUAAGUGAGCUAGUUGAUCCCGACUGGGCUGAGCUAAGGCAUCAGCACAUUAUGGAUGCAAGUGAGUACCUUACCGCAAAAAUUAAUGAGCUCAUUGCCAAAAAUCCUUUGUUAGUUGACCGUGCAAACGUUAAAACGUCAACUGAUUUGUUAAGCGUAGUUGCACACUUGAAAGACUUUGAUGAAGAGAGACGGCGGAUCACGCUCCAUCGAUCUUUGAUUGAUGAAUGUCUUAAAAUUAAUGAACAGAGGCAAUUGGCUGAGCUGGCCGAUUUCGAGCAAGCAUUGGCCGGUUUUGGGUUGGAUGCAGACGGCAACAAGUUUAAAGGUGUAACAGAAAAACUCCUGGAAGUUUUAAUGAAUAAAGGUGCCAAUAUCACUGAUAAAAUCCGCUACAUCUUAGCCUAUGCCCUUUAUCGGGGUGGCAUUAUCAAGGAAGAUUUUGUUAAGCUUCUCUCAUUCAUUGGAGUGAACGCUGGACACCCUUUCUUCCAGCAUUUUAUGACCUUGUUUUCAAACUUCGGUUAUUUGGGCUAUACACUCAUAAAGGAGAAGGCUGGCGACAAGCCUUACAAAAAAGAGUGGCAUCACGAAACUAUAUUGAAUGACCCCAAUACCUAUAACACAUCGCGCUUUGUUCCUGCUGCCGCGAAUAACCUCUCAAAGGUUAUCACAAAUCCUUUGUUCCUAAAUGAGGAAGCGUUCCCUUACGUUAAGGAUAAGCCGAUUGAAGUGCUAGAAGACGAAACACCUGACAAUAUCGGCUAUAACUACUCAUCAACUUCUCUGAGAAACCCGAGACAUAAGGCUUCUUGGACGAAAAACACUCAAAACAGGGCUCCAAGGCAAAGAUUCUUUUAUUAUAGCCUUGGCGGUUUGACCUACGGAGAAAUACGGACAGCUUAUAUGCAAUCACAACUCAAGAACAAAGACAUUUUUAUUGGUACUGACUGUAUUUUGACGCCUCUGGAUGUGAUGCAGAGUGUGGAAAAGUUGUCAGAGCCAAGAAAUGCACUAGGGCUCCAAGAUGACGCCAAAGAGAAGGAAAAAGUACCUGACUUUCUUUUUGAUAGAGCUGUGGUAGCUCCCGUAGUAUCCCAGCACGUUCACAAAGUAUCUCAUCAGAGGCCAUCCAAUGAUGCAAAGCCUGUCAUGCCAACUCCGCCUCCUCAAGAGAAGGAGAAAAAGAGGUCAAAGUUUUCAAAGUUCCUGAGGUCCAAGUCGUGA